CUGUGGGAUUGGCUCAAAAAUGAGUUCAACGAUGCGUGCUGCGCUGUCCUCGGUCUUCUCGCUCUCGGGGCCCCCAUGGCGUCGCCGCGCUUAUCGGUCUCCUCAGCUUUGUUGAAGCCGAGCCUAGCCACGCCCUUUCUUUUGUUUGGCCUUCCGCUGGCCUCGAGCACGCGCGCAGUAGAGAUGGGCCGCAGCGAGGGCGAGAUGGGCGCCCCGUCGGAGGUCAACGCGCCCGCAGAGGCACCUCGCAAGACUGUGUCGAAGAGGCCAUCUCCAGUGCCUCCUGGGCCGCCAGGGUCUGGGUCGGGCAUGGAGUUCCUCGGCUGCUUCUUGUGCCAAGGGGGCGGCGACCUCUGUGAGUGCUGGUUCGGCAAGCCGCUGCGCCGCCAGUGCAUGCUCGCCGUGCGCCCCCGCAGGCGCGCCGCCAUGGGCACUCCUGCGGCUCUCAACGACCAGGCCGACAUGAACCGUGACCCCGAGAAGUGGCGCGCCACGCACUUGCCCUACUUGGACAAGGACACUCGCAAGGCCGCCAUCCACGACUUCAAGACGACCCACAAGCAGCAGGAGUCCAACAUGUCAAUCGACGGGGGCCUCAGCGGGUGCGAGGACGUCUGGCUCACCAGGGUUCGCUACCGCGGCUUCAUGGGGUUCUGGGAAGGCCUGUCCAAGGAGGAGGCCGACGAGCGCUUCGACGGUGAGUUCGAUGCGAAUCCGAAGCGCAACAAGAAGAACCAACAAGUCGUCCUCGCUGAGGGCAACGAGUACGUCAAGCACGAGGCGGGCGCCGAGUCGAAGCGCGGGGUCGUGGAGAACACCCCGAUCGGCGAUGAGGGCGACGACCGGGAAUAUGAGGGCGCCGAGACUUCCCCGUGCUGCGAGUUCUGGGGCGGCGAGCUGCUCGGUCGAAGGGCCGCGCGCUCCUGCUCCCAGCAGCGGCGGCGGCCGCCGCGUGGUCUCCCGCUCCAGGAGGCGGUGAAGGAGAUCGCGAAGGGCUUCGAGGGUAAGGCCACCACGUAUGCGCGCUUGACGCGGCUGGCAGAUAGGCACAAGGAUUACCCCGACUUGCCACGUAACUUGACGACCGUGUGGAUAAGUGGCUCGUGCAAUGCGGAGCUGGAUUCCAUGAGGGUGGAUCCGGUCUCUCUCUGGGCAGACGCAACGGAGCUCGCGCAGUCCUUGGAAUUGAUCGACAAGGAAAUCCAGACCACCAAGCGGAAGACCUACCUGCAGGACCGCCACCAGUCUCAGAAGGCCCGGGCGAAAGCUCAGACGACCAUGGUUGCUGACGAAGAGGGUGAUUCCAGUACCUACCGCUUGCAGCCCAUCUCCAGCUGCGGGAUCGCCAUAGACGCGAACAUGAGCGCGUUCAAUCCGUCCAGGCUCUUCGGUUGGAAGACCCCGUUCGCCUGCUUCCAAGAUGUGCUGGUUGACAUUGGCGGCCCCAUCGAUGAGCGUUGCAGCAGGCUGAACGAAAAUUUGGCAGCGAACCGUGAUAUUUGGUUGGGGGCUCAAGCGAACGUGGACUCCAAGAGCGAGCGCGGUGAGCACCUGGAGUUUCUCCCCGGCCUGGGGCCCCACCUGUGCUGCAUUGUCCGCAAUGCGUUGCGCUUGGGCGCGAUGGCCGUGCCACUGCCAGCUUUCGCAUGCUUCAUGCCCCCCUUGAAUGGGAGCAUGUUCGCGUUGGCGCACGACGUUGCCGAGGUCCUCAACCAGGAGGUUUUCUUAACGGACAUCCAGACCUUCUUGAAGAGCUCCUCUGGCGAGGGCUUCUUGAAGUCCAAGCAUGCUGCGUGCGUGACCUUCCAAAGUUGGCUUCGCUAUCUGCACGUCCCUUUCCUCAACGCUGAGGUCGCCAAGACCGUGGAUGCAGAGGUGUUCAAGGCGGCCUCUGCGUUGCCCGCUGCGCGUUGGGUCCCGCUUCAGGCUUCGAUGUGGGUCGAGCGCAGGAAGGGCUUUUCAGAUUUUGUUUAG